CAUGCACUGUGUGGGGUCCUGAGGACCGUGUUUGAGAACCUGUGCUCUAGGAGAAUACAGUUAAAUCCUGAGCUUUCACAGUAAAGAGUAUAUAGAAGGUAUAUUUCCCAUUAAUAUAUCUGGGCCCCGAAGGUUGAAUAUUGAUUUCCUCAGCCUGAAAGGAUAUUGUUGUGUGAGUCCUGCACGUUGGCAGUGAAACCUCUAUUUAACCUGCCUCGCUAUGCACUGUUGCUUUCCUAUAGUAAGGCUGGAUCUGGUUUUACUUGUGAUCCAGUACGACAGAAUAAGAAAACAGAAAGUGGUGCCAUCUGGAAUGUCUUGGUGUAUGUAUCCCCUCUCCUCCCAGGAUUCUCUCAGGACUUGUGGAAGACUGGCCAUUUAGUUUCAGUUCUGUAGAACAAAGGAAGAAGUAUUCAAAUGUCAUCAUGGCGGAUGUGUCACAAUACCAAGUUAAUCAUUUGGUGACAUUCAAAAUUGAUGAGGAUGAUGGUGUCCACACAGUGGAGGAUGCCAUUCGCAAACUUAAUGUCAUGGACGCUAAAGGCAAAGUCUGGAUUCAGGAGAUGAUUCUGCAAGUGAACAGCUCCACUGUCAAGCUUCUAGAUGUGGAGAGCAAGGGGGAUCUGGAAGUAUAUCCUGUCUCUGUUAUCCAGCGUUGCGAUACCGUUCUCCCAGAAAAUAGGAAUCGAUCUCUGCUAGUGUUAGUAUGCCAGGACAGAUACCAACCCACAGCUGAUGUUCAUUUCUUCCAGUGUGAUGAUGUUGGGGCGGAGUUGAUCCGUGAAGAUAUUAAUAGUGCUGUGUCUGAUUUCAAAACUGGUGAUAAUUCAAAGAGACCUGAAGCACUUCGGAACAACAAGGAGAUGAUAAGCCAACAGAGCUCCAAUGUCCCUUAUUCAUUCACGCCACAGAGACAGUGGAAACAGCCACAGGCAAACUACGUGACCCCAGCACAGCUCCUGGAGAAAGAAUCACAGCGAAGAUCUCCCAGAUCAACAAUCAAACCACUGAGCCCUCAAGUGAUAAUUAAACCUGUUCCGCAGAUGCAACAGACACAGGAUGCGCUAUAUGGACAAGUGAUAAAAAAUGGCAACAACCUGGGGAGUCCACAGAUGCAGCAGAAAGUCAGAACACCCAGUCACAUUGGUGCCGAUGAGGACACACAGGACCCAAUGACCGCCCGGGCUGGACUGGAGGUGGAUCUGCUGAAUCGCUGUUUUGAUGAUAUUGAGUUCUUCAUGGGAAACCUCCAGAAAUCAGCGGAAGCAUUUAAAAUCCUGAACCAAAGAAAAAAGUCCAGAAGGAGCAAGAAACCAGAAGCUGGAGAGGGACUGCUAACUCUCCGAGCUAAACCCCCUGGGCUAGACGACUAUGAAGACGCUACACAGAAAUUCAAAUACUGCUUCUGCCUCCUGGCAAGGCUUAAAAAUAACAUUAUGAAUCCCGGCUCAGUUGAACUUGUUCACUUCUUAUUUGGACCACUUAAAACGCUGGUGGACAGUUCUGGAGGUGUGGAGAUGGCUGCCGAAAUCACAAAACCCAUGCUAACCAAAGAAGCUGUAACUCUGCUGAGAGAAUGUUUAGAUGACAAAGAAUCAGAAUUAUGGAAUUCUCUGGGACCAAACUGGACAAAACCAAGAUUGGAAUUCCCUCGGGACUAUUGCCAACCUUAUACUCCCACUUUUAAGAGUGGAUGGGUGCCCACUAAUAUCGAUGGACGACCCUGGGAUGAUCCCAUUGAGCUUCAGCAUCGCCAUGAAGAAUUAAGGUCACAGCAAUCCGGCCCUCAGGUUCAUCAGCCAUCACCUCCUCCUGCUCUGAAUGGCCACCAAGAGACGAACAGCAAGUGUGUGAGCUGCACAUAUGAUUUUGUUGCCAGAAAUAGCAGUGAGCUGUCAGUAUUACAUGGAGAAGAGCUUGAGGUUUUGGAUGAUUCCAAGAAAUGGUGGAAAGUGCAGAAUCGCUUUGGACAGAUUGGUUAUGUCCCCUAUAAUAUACUUGCUCCAAUCACAGCAGCAGACCAUAACAAAGCAAAACAAAAUGGAGUCCAGCAACCUGCAAGUCCAGUUAAGAAAUCUCUACCACCAACUCCUCCCAAAAAACCAUCAAAACAAGGCCAGGUGCAGUGGGACGAAGUAGACAUCCAACAUCCAGAACAGAACCACGUGCAGCAAGAAAAAUUUGACAGAAUAAACAGCAUGAACGAAGAGUUGCUGCUCAGACUGGCAAAUGGGCGAACGGUACCACAGAAGACCCUGGCCAUACAGAGGACGCUCGACACAUCUAUUCCUUUGACUGAUGAGUCCAGCCCCAGGGAUGUCACUGCCUGGUUACAGGCCAAGGGUUUUAACACAAUGACUGUAAAAUCACUUGGGGUGUUAAAUGGAGCUCAGCUUUUUUCUCUCAGAAAAGACGAGUUUAAAGCCGUGAGUGCUGAAGAAGGUGCCAGGGUAUAUAGCCAGGUUAUGGUUCAGAAAGCUCUGCUUGAGGAUUCUAAAAAGAUUUCUGAGUUGGAGGCUGUGAUGGAGAGGCAAAAGAAAAAGGUGGACAGUGAACUUGAGCAAGACAGCCUUUAGAGACAAACUUCUGUCUACUUGGACUUUACAGACUCUAUUUAAUUUGUUCCAAAGAAUAUAUAAAUAUAAAUAUAUAUAUAUAUAUAUAUAUAUAUAUAUAUAUAUAAAAA